AGGAAGCAAACAGGGAAAGGUAUCGUACUUCGGUGACAGCUUCCUUUUCUCUCUUUAGUUUAUUUCAUGCAAGAUGGGUAUUAGCCGGGCACACUGGCACAAAAGGCGCGCCACUGGUGGCAAGCGUAAGCCCCUCCGCAAGAAGAGGAAGUUCGAGUUAGGUCGUCCAGCGGCUAACACGAAAUUGGGCUCAAAGAGAGUUCAUACUGUCCGUACUCGCGGCGGAAACACCAAGUACAGGGCUCUCCGUCUUGAUGGAGGAAACUUUGCAUGGGGCUCUGAAGGCAUUGCCCGCAAAACCCGUAUCAUUGAUGUUGUGUACAAUGCCAGUAACAACGAGUUGGUUCGUACCAAGACCUUGGUAAAGAACGCAAUUGUUGUUGUUGACUCUACCCCAUUCAGACAAUGGUAUGAAGGUCAUUACAUUUUACCUCUGGGACGCAAGAAGGGAGCUAAAUUGACUGAAGCUGAAGAAGCCACCCUCAACAAGAAGAUGAGCAAAAAGGUUCAGAAGAAAUACGAAGUUAGACAAAAGACCUCUAAAGUUGAAACAGCUCUUGAGGAACAAUUUAUGACCGGCAGGAUGUUGGCUUGUUUGUCAUCCAGGCCUGGACAAUGCGGUAGGGCCGACGGUUACGUCCUUGAAGGAAAGGAACUUGAAUUCUACAUGCGUAAGAUUAAGUCUAAGAAAGCCAAGUAAACUGUGUUUAUUUAAAUAAAAUGAGGUGGAAAUAAAUUCUGUUUUUGUCACACAA